AACGACCGCAACGGUCACACUGCAUUCUGCUCUUCAAAAAAUAUUUACUUGAUAAAAACACUUGGAAUUCGGCGGAUUUGAGGAUAGUUUUUCGACUCACGCAGCUAAUGCGGCACAGGAAUGACAUAAGGAGCAAGUGCAACAUAUUGAGAUUAGCCGGAACCGGCGGGAAGCCAACCUGUAUGCCAUUUGUUAUCCAGUAGUGCCCCUAUUACAGCAGAAUGCAGGAUGCCACGGCUCCGGAUCCGGAACCCAGCAGCACCGACGGCAAUUGCUCCGUUGAACAUGACAAUCAGCGGGAUCAGGAACAGAAUCAUGUAGGGACCGAGCGGGAGGCGGAAGCCAACGAUGCCAACUGCACCGUUUGUGGUGCCGCCAAGGCGUCGGCGCUGUUGGAUCUGCGCUCCAACCAUGUAAUGCAACGUCGCCUGAGUCGCGACUGGAAGAUCCAUGCAGAUGUAAUCCGAUCCACAUUGAAGGCCAUUUGCGUGGAGUGCGUGUGCAAGCUAAACAUGCAUUCGGAGGUCACUCGAUCCCUGAUGCAGCGCAUGCAACGGCUGCAGCGUUCCGGAGGUGAAACCACCAAGGUGACAACCACCACGACUUCACCCAGCCAGCACAGUCCGCCCAUUGCUGAUGCAGAGGUGUCCACCACCUUGAUUGAGAGUCAGGAGGAGGUGGCCCACAGCGGGGAGAGCGUUCGCUCGCGUUCUUCCUGCUCCGUGCUGGAAGUAUACCUCGCCCAACAACCAUAUUCUCCAUCGGCCAAGGAAACUGAAGAGAAGCAUGCGGAGGGCUGGAAAUGGCGAACACGGCUGGAGUGUCAUGAAUGUGGCCGGGCCUAUUUUCGACGGGAUUACUACGCCCAGCACUUGAGGCGCUGCUCCAAAACGCGCAGGAAGCAGCCCCGUCCAUCGCGCGCCAAAUGCCGGGUACUAAAUGAGGCCAGCUAUGAUGAAGAGGCUCCAUCCAGAGUCACCCGAUCAUCGCGCAUAUACUACUGCCGGCAUUGCGACGCAGAGUUCGAGUCCUUAAUCAGUAAGCGACAGCAUGAGCGGGUUAAGCAUCUGCAGCGAUAUCCGUGUGAUUUGUGCGAAGCCCAAUUGGACACGAAGUACGAGUGGGAAAUGCAUCACACCAUCUGCCAGGCCAAGCAGGAGGCCUUAGCAAUUCUGGAGCAGCAGGAAUCAGGCCAAACCGUUAUGACUUCCCGGGUACCAAGGGCCUGCUCGACACGCUCUCGCUCACGGGCAUGCUCCGAAGCCUGGGAUAGGUACGACAUGGAUGAGGAGGAAGAGGACGAAGAAGAUGAAGAGAUCGAAAGCGGUGGGGAGGAACUAGAGGGCGAGGAGGACGCAAUGUACGCGCGACGUAUGAACUUUACUGGCGACUGGAUUGUUAACCACAGCCGCAGCAAUAGCAACAGCGCUGGUAAUCUCUCCCUUUUGUACGGAGACUACGGAAUGGUGGAAACGCACAUGACCACCGACAAGGAGUAUGAUCUUUACUUACUGGAUCUGCUCAAGACGCAGGUGCGACUGAAAUCUUUCACUUGUUUCACGCCUGACUGUGGCUACCAGACGGACACCCUAGUGGCUCUUAUGAAGCACGACUACAUGGAGCACUGGAAGAUGAGUUGGUUCUACUGUCACAAGUGCGGCGAUGUGUUCACCAGCAAGGUCUUCCUAGACUACCAUAUGCAUCUGCAGAACCGCGGCCUCUACAUCUGCCAUAAGUGCCGCGAAGAGUUUGAGUUGCAGCACCAGUUGGAUCGCCACUUCCAGCUGCACAGAAAAGGAAUCAAUUACCACUGCAACUUCUGCCGAUUUGAGUUCCUUAGCGAAGCUAAGCUGCUGGCCCAUUGCAAAAAGCUGGGGCACAGUCCCAACGACGAGCCCCUCAUCAGCAUUGAUCGUUCGCUCUCGAUUGUCAACUGCCUUGUGCCACGGUCAUCGGACUAUCCUCGAAUAGUCAAGACGUACGAAGAGCGUGAGUUCUAUAUUCCGCGAACACCGAUGCCUUCCACGCAGCCCAUGCACUUGCCCCAACAUAAACCCUUUCGUUUCGCCAUCGGAAUUUGCGAUUUCGAGGAGCGAAAUCCGAACUGCGUGGGAUGUCACUGAUUACGAACUUGUUGUGAGCUCCAUUCUUCGUCUGCAAUAUAUUCGAAUAGGUCAUGCUACUCGUUACUAGCAGAGUGUAAAGUGCUUAUAUGCACACUCUUUGGUCGAGCAACGAGAAGCUCGACUAUUGCGUUCUCUUUGGAUAAUCAACUCUAGUAAAUUUAGAUAUUGGUAUUUUUUAUAAUAAAUAUUGUGCCGUUGUCAGAUAAAA